AAAAAAGGGAAGGAAAAAUAGAUUCGUGCUUCCUCACUCCAGACUCUUUUUAUACUUAAUCUCCUACUUUCUCCAACCUAAUUCCAAUAAAUUUUCACGGGGUUAGGGUAUACAAUUCCUUACCCUUUUCACUAAUUUUUCCCUAAAAUUGUCUUGUUGAUUCGUGUGCAUUAUAUAUUUCAGUUCAUCAAACCAAAGCCCACCAACUGUUUGUUAAUAUUUCUCAAUUAAUCUGAACGAAGAUGAUGAUCAGAAUCAGAAGCCGCGAUGGCCUGGAGCGCGUCUCGAUCGACAACCCCCUCACCUCCACCGUGGCGCAGCUCAAAUCCGAAAUCCAGUCCCAGCUCCGUGUCCCCAUCUCGGCCCAGACCCUCUCCACCGACCAAAAGCUGCUCCUCGCCAAGAACCCGGCCGACUGGACCCGGUUCGCCGACAUGGCCGAUCCGAACUCCCUCCUAUCCUCCCUCAACAUCGCGCACGGAUCCAUCGUCUACCUGGCCUACGAGGGCGAGCGGGCCGUGGCCGGCCCGGCCUUCCACCCCGCGGGCUCUUUCGGCAAGAAGAUGACCAUGGACGACCUGAUCGCGAAGCAGAUGAGGAUCACACGCCAGGAGAACCCACACUGCGAGCUCGUCUCCUUCGACCGGGACACUGCAAAUGCCUUCCAGCACUACGUGAACGAAACCCUAGCCUUUGCAGUCAAGCGCGGGGGUUUCAUGUACGGCACAGUGUCCGAUGAGGGUAAAGUCGAGGUUGAUUUCAUUUACGAGCCUCCACAGCAGGGAACAGAAGAAAAUCUGAUACUGCUAAGGGACCCGGAGGAGGAGAAACUGGUCGAGGCCAUAGCUUUGGGGUUGGGGAUGAGAAGGGUCGGGUUUAUAUUCACGCAGACAGUUAGUCAGGACAAGAAGGAUUACACUAUGUCGAGCACUGAGGUCUUGCAAGCUGCCGAGCUUCAGGCAGAGGGGGAUUUGAAGGAGUGGGUGACUGCCAUUGUAAAACUGGAGGUGAAUGAGGAUGGUGGGGCCGAUGUGCAUUUCGAGGCUUUUCAGAUGAGUGAUAUGUGUGUGAGGUUGUUUAAAGAAGACUGGUUCGAACGGGAUGUACCGAAGGAUAUGGAUCCCAAGCUGUCGAGGAUGAAGAAGGAUGUAGUGGUCGGGGGAAAGGACGUGAGGGAAGUGGACAACGAUUUCUUCUUGGUGGUUGUCAAGAUUUUCGAUCAUCAGGCAGCGUUAUCAACUGGCGGCCACAUCAGCCAGUUGUGGGGGAUAGAUUGGUUUGAAGGAGUUAUCAACUGGCGGCCACAUCAGCCAGUUGUGGGGGGCCCGCUUUCAUCAACAUUUCCCAUCGAGAACAGGCAAACACCUGUAACGAUGAGGUCAUUGAAAACCCAUCUUGACCGAGCCAAAAACCUGCCGUUUGUGAAGCGGAUUUCUGAUUUCCACUUGCUUCUUUUGCUCGCGAGGUUCUUGGACGUGAAUGCUGAUGUGCCGGCAUUGGCUGGGUGUGUGCAGGUGCAGGCUAUAGUGCCUGAGGGUUAUCAACUGCUAAUCGAGUCCUUAGCCAGUUCCUCUUGAUAACUGAGUUUAAGGUUUUUGUUUCUGUUGGAACUCAAGUCCACUGUAAACUAAACUAAACACGGAUUAUAGUGCUUUCAACUGCUUUGGGUUCUAUGUUAUUUAUAGAAUUUUAUCUGGUGGUGUUUGCAUUCUCUGGUGAUCCAGACAUAUAUAAAUUCUUCUAUUGCUUUUAUGUUUCUAUUUCAUCAUUUUCUUUCACUGUGGAAUGUUU